UUAUUUGCCUAUCAUUCUAGACAAUCCUUUCUAUAUUAUCUACGGAAAUCGAACCCGAACUCUAAACUCUAUUUUUUUUAUGAUUCAUUAUUUCUAUCGAACUGGGACCUAGUUCGUAUUUAGUAUAUAGAUUUAUGUCUAGCCUUUUCAUGAUGGAAUUCCGCAUAUUUGCACAUCUAGGAUAUACAUAUACAACAUAUACCCCUGUCAAGGGUAAAUUUCGAAUUAUUUAAUUCGUUCCAUUCAAAUGGGGACAAACGGGGUUAAUAAAUUAGAAACCUAAAGAACAACUGUUACGGUUGGGUUGCGCCAUAUAUAUGAAAGAGUAUACAAUAAUGAUGUAUUUGGCGAAUCAAAUACAUGGUCUAUUAACGAACCAUUUUGAUUAGUUGAUAAUAUUAAUUGAGAAUUUUAUGAAAGAUUCCUGUAAAAGGUUUUCUUAAGGCCGAAUUUAUGUCGAGUAGACCUUGUUGCUUUGUUGUAAAAAAUUAAAAAUAAAAUUUGUAGGGAGGGACUUAUGUCACCACAAACAGAGACUAAAGCAAGUGUUGGAUUUAAAGCUGGUGUUAAAGAUUACCGAUUGACUUAUUAUACUCCUGAGUAUGAAACCCUAGAUACUGAUAUAUUGGCAGCAUUCCGAGUAACUCCUCAACCUGGAGUUCCACCUGAAGAAGCGGGGGCUGCAGUAGCUGCCGAAUCUUCUACUGGUACAUGGACAAGUGUAUGGACCGACGGACUUACCAGUCUUGAUCGUUACAAAGGACGAUGCUACAACAUCGAGCCCGUUGCUGGAGAAGAAAAUCAAUAUAUUUGUUAUGUAGCGUAUCCUUUAGACCUUAGAUACAAUUUUUUUCAUUCUUUAAUUCAGAACGAACGGGGCGCGCUUUGGAAGAAGCAAUAUGUUAUAGAGCUACUAAUAAGAAGGCGGCCCUUAACCCCAAAUGCCAUUGCCAGCGGAUAUACGGGGGGAGCAUCAAAAUUUGCGAAAGGAAUGCAAGAGGAGACUGAACUUGCAAAAGCUACCUUGAACAAAGCCGCAAACAAAGAAGUUCCCGGUCAAAGGAGUGUCAUCGUAAGGGUUGAUGGUGAUCCAGACCCAAAAGAAGUUGUCACCAAAGUAAGCACGGUGGCAGGACUUUGCUAUUACAUCCCCCGAUGCGAUGAAAAGCAGUGGCAGCUCAAAGUCAAAGCAAUGGGUUUUCAUUGUCUUUUCACAUGCGUAAUAACGAUUGCUUCCCCAUGCCAAUGUCGAUCAGUUGGUACUUUAGCAUUUUAGAGUUUCCUCGCAUAUGAUAAGGGUUUGAAAAAAGAGCUCUUUCUGGUGCAAUAUAUAUAGUAUAUAUAGCGUUAGUUCAGUCAAGCUUUCUUAGUAAAGGGAAAGGAGUUCAUGAUUUCAAUCCUUCUUGCUCUUUCUUUUCUUCUCGGACGGUCUUCUAUUUUUCUUCCUAGCUUUCAAAAGUCUUUCUUUUCCGGCUAGGAAGCAGAUGAGGAUGCUGAAACGGGUCCCAAGUCAACUGCAUGCGCUACUACUGCCUCCCUAGCAGCCACCUCUGCCCCCUUUCUAGUGCAAUAUCUGACGGUAGCAAAUCCCGCAGAUCGAAAGCCAUCACCUUCUCGUCCGGAAUCCCUUCGAACCGUCUUAGCUUCCCUUCGUUCGCUUCCAUAUACACUACCAUUUCAUCUACCUGUUUUCCGAGCAUAUUUGAUCACAGUCCCAUAAGCAGUAGGAACCGCGAGAGAGCUUAUUUCGUGUUCGAGAUCCAGAUGGUCUCCCAUUUCUUCUUUGUUUGCGAUUAACGGCCUACCGGGUGCAAUAGAUCCAAUUGCUGGCGCAGAACUCCUGAAUUCACCCAGCCCUUCUCACUUCUGGUUCAUCAAGAUAGGCUGGAUAGCGGCAUAUCCCCAUUUGUUCCAUUCGCUGCCCAGCCCUCAGGGCCAAGGAUGAGCACAAAUUCUUACGUUUGAUCGGUCUCAUAGCCGUGUGAUCUCCAGAUAGAAAAUGGUUUUGGUCGAGCGUCUAACGAAGUGGUGGAAUACCGUCACAUUGAAAAUCGUGAGAUGGGAGAGCAUCGAAAGGUUGGUUUGGCCAGCCCAGACUUCUUUUCCUUCUAGGCUUCUAGUAGCCCUUCCUUCUUUCUUUUAGCAGCUCAUCUCUCAUCUUGAAUGUUUUGCGAAUCUAUCGUAAUUGGUCUGACCGCUCAAGACUUCUCUCUCUAUUCAGUAGAAUAAAGAAGUCCUAAUAUAAAAAAAAAGAAGGAAAGUCCGGCAAGAAAGCAAGAUUGACAGCAGACUCCUAGCGUGCCAUAGACAGAAGAUCUUGCAGAAACGACUACAUUUUGACCGUCCUAAAUAAACCUUUAGGUUGAAAAAGGAUUGUCGGAUCGAAAUACGGAAGUUUGUUGGCUUUUACAAAGAAAUGGGAUUUUUUUCGCACGUCACAGCUACUAUGUUGUCUGUGACUACAAUACGAUAUUUUCAUUGAUACGAUACAGUAAUUCUGAUUCAAUUGUGACAAUAGCCAAUAAGCAAGCAGCCGUAUAGGGAUACCUCUUUGUUGCUCUCUGAUUGAUAGAGCUGCUUUUAUCACUCUUUGUUGACGAAGGCACUCUCUGGGUCGUGGGCCUUGGGCUUUCUCUGACACCUUUCUUCCACGGACUUUGAGGGCUUCGUGUAGACUCAGGUCCAGCAAUAGAAGGCUCCUGUUGCUCAGGUGCUUGUGCCCGCAUACUUUAGUCUAGCAUCCCGGAAUCCGGCAGUAUUACAUUUUCGUUUUUUAAAAUAUAUGAUGAUGCCUCAUCGAAAACGAAAUGUGGAAAUAAAGAGACUUGUAGUCGGAUCAAUGCACCCCCACCCUUUCUUCUGCUGAUCAUAGCCGAAAAAGAUGCACCUUAUAGCCGGAUUCUCCAGCUUUGUCUUUAGUUGCUUCCUUCCUUAUUCAUAUUUGAGGAGAACGAAGUUGAAUCCUUUCUAUAAGUGAUUCUUCAAGUCGUGCCAGACCACUUCUUCCAAUUGGUUUGGUUUUCCUCUGCGCCUUGCGAGAGCCCUGAGUCAGGUCCUUAGGGGCAUCUCAUCCAGAGGGGCUCCUGAUUUUAGGUUUCUUUGUGGCAUCGCCUUUCCUUUCGAUAGAAAGAAAGAGAACCUAAUUGUCGACACCUCCGCCUAGACACCUACUUCAACGUGCUCCGUAGCGAAGAAGCUCUGUCCGUCAUUUAGCAUCAGUGC